AUGGCUCUAGGCGUCUGGGGGGUAUGUUACGAGAUAUGGAUGUGGUUAAUGCUGCCCAUAUUGAGUGGGCCCGCUUUUUGUGACAGAUUCAAUGUGGAGAAUUCAAGUAGACCGUGA